AUGAUAGAGCUUACGGUGCCUUGGGAAACCAACAUCCCCAAAGACCAUGCCAUCAAGGUCAAUAAGUAUUACGAGCUCACUAACGAACUAACUCGAAAUAGGUUCGUCGUUGAUUUGUACGCGGUAGAGGUGGGAGCGAGAGGUAUAACAGCUAAAUCUCUCUAUAAUCUACUAAAAGACUUGGGCCUGUCCAGAACUAACAUUAAUUCAUUCUUAGAACGUACGUCGAAGGCAGCCCUAGUGGGUUCUUUUCAAAUUUGGUUGGGUAGGGAGAGGAGCUUGGACAGUGGAGGUGAGCGUAUAACGCGCGUUAGUUAA